CGCCCCCAGCGCCGCGUGGGACCGUUGCGGGGCUGCGGGGUGCGGGCGGUGCGGGGCGACGCGGAGCGGCGCGGGGCAUCCCCCCUCCCGCACGGCGGUGGUGCGGUCCGGGAAGAUGGCGGCGGGACGCGGCGGGAGCGAUGCCCGCAGCAGGAGGUGACCCCUGGGGCGAGAUGGCCGAGUGGGAGCGGCUGUUUGCGUGGAGCCGCGCCGUGCCGCCGCACGCCCAGCGCAGACACGGUGUGCCGGAGCGCUCGGUGCCUUUCCAGUGCGUCCUGAAGUGCCUCGAGGGUUCCGUCGUCACGCAGCGGUCCCCGGCUGAGCUGCAGCUGCGCCUGUCCCUGUUCGAUGCCGCCCACCGCUACUUCUUCGGCCACACGUGGCACGGCAGCGCCCGGACCCCCCAGGGCAGCCCCGCAGGGCAGCCCCCCCGUGUGCUGUUCAACGAGGCCGUGUACUUCCACACCUCGCUCAGCCACCCCAGCAUCAUGGCCGUGGUGGAGGUGGUGGCUGUGACCCCCAGCCCAGAAGGGCUCUCCCGGGACGUGUCGUGCGGCUUUGGCCUCAUCCCGCUGUUCGACAGCAGGCGGGAGCCCUCGGACCUGGCUGCCAAGGACAGAGCGCUCAAGCUGUACCACGGGACGCCGCGCGCCUUGCUGCACCCGCUUCUCCAGGACCCUCUAGAAAAGAAUAAAUACAUGACCGUAAUGGAGAACAGCCACCUGCAGUACACGCUGAAGCCCCACCCGCCUUUGGAGACGAUAUUUCAUCUCCUUCCUGAAAACCUCCUGGUGUCCGGCCUGCAGAAGAUCCCUGGUUUGCUGCCUGCACACGGGGACACAGGUGACAGCUUCUUGAAGCCACGGCUCAUGGGGACGGCCCCCUGCUACCUGGACCAGCUCUGCAUCCGCCUGCACCCUUCUCUGGAGGAGUUUGAGGAAGAGCUGCUGGAGCAGCUGAGCAGCGACCGCUUGCUGAAGGAGGUCGGCAGCACGCUGUGGGUGCAGGAGCGGCGGCUGCGCGUCGGUGUGCACAACGGGCUGCGCUUCGUGCAGGCCCCGCAGGUGGCCGUGCUGCAGCCGGCGGCCGAGGUGGCCCGGGGACAGGCCAGCAGCCCCACCGACAGCGCUGCGGAGCAGGCCCUGCUGCUGCGGAGCCGCCUGCAGCUGAGCGAGAUGGUUCCGCACGCGGCCUUCGGGGUCUGCUUCCAGCUGGAGUACGUCGUCUGCACUGGGGCCAAGGCCGCGGCCGGCAGCGCGCUGGGCCCAGCAGCCGCCAUGCACACGGUGCGCUGGGCUCUCUGGAGCCCCUUCCUGGCUGCCAGCUCCUCCCCGGUGCAGCUGCCCCUGCGCGGAGGUGCCCGUCCCAGCCCCGGGCAGACCCUGGUGUACAGGAACCCCGCGGACAGCGAGAGCUCCCAGCAGGUGAAGCGCAUUGCGUCGGGUUCCGUCCAAUUCCACGUUUGCACCGAUUCGGAAGAACAGCUUGUGACUUCUCCAGACACCUCGGGUAGAGCCGGGAAGGAGCCGGGGAAGCCUCCUACGCUGUCGCUGAGUCCAGGCUCCCCGCUGCGCCCGGCGGCUUCCCCAAGGGGACCUGGGCUGUCUCUCUCGCAGCUGUCGGCCUCGCCGCGGGGCAGGGCUGAGCCCGCUGUGCCACGAGGCCACAGCACCCCAGUGCCCCGGCCCCGCGGCACGCAGAGGGAUGGCUGCGCCGAGCCGGCCGCGCGGCACGCUGCUGGCAUCACGCACCUGGAGGCUGAUCUGCGGCCGGGCUCCCCGCACGCGGAUGCCUCCGGCAGCGAGCACCUGCGGGAGCUGCCCUUUGCGCCCACGCAGCUGCCCAUCGCGGCCGUGGGGCUGCCCGCCGGCAGCACCGCGCUCACCCGUGCCUCGCUGGCGCUCCUGCACGCCUCUGGCUUCCCAGAAAUCUUGGAUGGCAACAAGGAGCCCGUGGAGGUCACGGAGCCGCUGGACCCUGCGCGUUUCAGUCCUCGGCUGGAGGAAGCGGACGCUCUGCAAAGCAAUGAAAUAAUCCUGCAGUUCCUGGCGUUCAGUAGGGCUUCUCAAGACUCAAUGGAGGGGACGUGGCCGAGGACAGUGUUCCUCACCUUCCAGUUCUACCGCUUCCCGCCGGUCACCACGCCGCGGCUGCAGCUGGUCCACGUGGAUGGCGAGAGGGCAACCGGGUCUGCUGCGCCGGCACAAGUCCUGCUCCAGCUGAACAAGGAUGGGACCCCGAGCACUGGAGCCCCGGGGCUGCAGCUGAGGUACAUGGUGGACCCCACCUUCCUGAAGCCUGGGGAGCAGCGCUGCUUCGUGCACUACUUGGCUGAGCACAGCCUGCAGAUGGAUGUCUGGGAUGGGGACUCGCUGCUGCUCGUCGGCUCUGCUGCGGUUAAGCUGAAGCCCCUGCUGCGUCAGGGCCGGCCGGCUGUCAGGACGCUGCACGAGCUGGAGGUGGCUACCACGGAGUACGAGCAGGACACGCCAGCAAUGGGCAGGGAUGUGCUGCAGCCCCUGGGCGUCCGCGUGGCCGUGCGGGGCCGCCUGCACCUCUGCCUGGCCAACGUCGGUCACCGCUGUGAGGAGACCCCUGUGAGCCCAAGACGCCCACCGCUGUCCCGCACUCGCCUUGUGCCCUCGCUGGGCGGUGGCAGCUUGCUGUCCCUGCACGCCGGUGGGGGUGUCAAGGUGUCUCGGGCUCGCAGGCUGGCCGAGGUGGAUGGCGAGUUGGCGGCCACGCUGUGCAGCCACCGGCCGGAGCAGAGCCCGCUCCCCCCGCGUGCCCCCCGCGAGGCCGUGGCCGUCCGGCAGCGCAAGCUGCGGCGCAUGGCACUGGUGCGGCAGCAGGAGGAUGCUGGGCAGAGGAUGCCACAGCGCAUGGGCUGGCGUGAGCAGCGCAUGCGGCACCUGCGGGACCUGCAGGUCAUCGACGCCUACCGGGAGCGCAUCAAGCUCCAGUGUAUCUCCCAAAUGCUCAGCCAGGCCAUCACCGUCACGCACACUGUGUAUGCCAUGCUCGGGACGGCUGAGUUCUUUGAGUUCGCCCUGAAGAACCCCUACAGUGUCCAGCACACGGUGACGGUUGAGGUCGACCACCCCGAGCUCAGGGUCAUACUGGACCCGAGGGAGUGGCGGCACUUCAAGGAGCUGACCCAGACAACCACCCCGCUGGAGGAGGACAUGUUCCACCUGCGGGAGGACCUCAGGCCUCAGGUCUACCUGCGCCCCAAAGAGACCGUCCACAUACCCUUCCGGUACCAGACGUUCUCGGCAGAGCCGGCUGUGGCGGCGGUGCUGGGGCCCGUGGGUCUGAGCGAGGAAGAGGAUGCAGGGAGGAUGCAGGAGGAGCCAAGGGCUGCGCAGAUGAGGCCCAUCCAGGUGGCUUUCCGUGUGAGCGGGGGCAAGCCCAUCGCGUUGCUGCGGGUGAAGGUGGAGCCCCGGCCCCACGUGGUGGAUCAGACUUUCCGCUUCUACCACCCCGAGCUGACCUUCCUGAAGAAGGCCAUCCGCCUGCCGCCCUGGCACACGCUCCCAGGCGCUCCGGUGGGGAUGCCGGGCAGCCAGCCCGAGGUGCAUGUUCGCUGCAGUGACCCCAACGUGAUUUGUGAAACCAAAAAUAUGGGGCCCGGGGAACCACAGGACGUCUUCUUAAAAGUAGCUGGAGGACCAAGCCCGCAGAUCAAAAAAUUCUUUGUUGCUAUUUAUACGGACCCCUGGCUGGCUGCGCCGCUGCGCAUCUGGCAGUUCUACCUGCACUCCCUGCAGCGCCUGGACGUCAGCUGCACAGCGGGGCAGCUCUCCCGCCUGGCCGUCCCGCUGCGCGGCACCCGCACCCUGCGCAGGGUGAAGGCGUUCUGCUCGCACCCCCACGAGCUGAAGGUGGACCCGGCGGGUGUGUUCGUCCUGCCCCCCGACGGCGUCCUGGACCUGUUUGUGGGCGUGAGGCCGCGCCGGGCCGGCAGCAGGUUCCUCUACCUCAACCUGGUGGACGUGGAGUGCCACCAGCUCGUGUCCUCCUGGCUGCUGUGCGUCACCUGCCGACAGCCGCUCAUUUCCAAGGCCUUCGAGAUCACCAUCCCCGCGGGCGGUGGGAGGGGUUCCAACAAGCGCAUCACCUACACCAACCCCUACCCCACGCGCAGGCUGUACUUCCUGGGCACCAGCCGGCCCGACUUGCUGCAGUUCAAGGAGGAUUCCUUCGAGGUUGCUGGUGGGGAGGUGUACACCAUCGGCCUGCGCUUCGCCCCGAGCCAGAGCGUGGGUGAGGAGGAGAUCCUGAUCCACAUCAACGACCACGAAGACAAAAACGAGGAAACCUUCUGCGUGAAGGUCGUCUACCAGUGAGGCCGUGGCACGUGGCGUGGUUCCUGCUCCUGAUCCAUUUGGGCAAUGCGCUGAGCUCCCCGGUGAGCCCAGUCCUGCUCAGGUGAGGGGCCCGUGCCUGCUUCCCACCUCACCCCGUUGAGCUGUGGGUUUUCUGUGGCCUUACUGGGAGCCCCACUGGGGGCACGUGGACCUGGCUGCCCUCUGCCCGGAAUGGGGAGGAGGAAUGUUCACCCCUGUGUGCCAAACUGCACAAGAAUGUCUUAAUUUUUGUUCAACGUUUUUAUAUUUUAUUGGGGUUUGAAUCUUUUUUUUUUUUUUUAACUUAAAGUUUGCAGACUGUUUCUAAAGUAUUUUAUACUCGGCGUCAGAUUUUGCGCCAAGGCAUCGCUGUUUGGGGUCGGUUUGUGCUUUUUUUCACUCGUUUUAGAUCAAUAAAACUUGCUGCCCAGAUCUGA